AUGUGCCGAGGAACUCUUCUGUUAAUGAUUUGGAUGAUGUGGGCGGUGAUAUGUGUUUCAACAACAAGACUGCAUCCAUUCUUAGACAAUGAUGCUAUUUAUGAUUCGCCUUUGAAGAAUAAUUUGGUAUUCAUCAAAGUCCGUAACGCUGGUAUCGGCAAUAAUCUGAAUGCCGCGAGGGAAGAUGACGAUUUCAUAAUGGAUACGACGGAUUACGAAUAUGUGAUGCCUCUAGAGUUCCAAACUAAACGACGCCAGAACCUGUACCCCAGCGUGGAAGUGGGCCCGGGUGCUUUCAAGACGGAAAUAAUCGAGUACCCGCCAGACACCCUGAAGAAUCAGCUCAGCAACCUGAUGAGACUUAAAAAGGAACUCGAAGAGCGAUCGAAACCU